AUAAGCUUUUGCCAGCCCUUAUCACUCUGUUUAACUCAUUCAACUACUAUAUUAUGAGCUAUCAACAUUUGAACUGAUAUCUCUUGCUAUCAGUUUUGUUUCGUUUUCAUUAAGAACAAGUUAAUUUAGUGGAUACAAAAAUGCUUCAGGACAAUUCUGUAAGGAAUUUACAUUAUGACAGUGAAAUCCGUGUUGCCCAGCAGCCAAGAUUUGAUCCAACAGUUUUCGAAGGCCCAACAAAUAUAACCUCAGUGCCUCGAGAAAACCAAGGAACCGUACGCAUUCCACUACCUGUUUCGACCAUAGAAAACCAGCCUAUUAAUGGAAGUCGAACCUACAUUCCUCUAUCGGGCUAUGAUAUUCUAGCAGACUUGCCAUCUGUUCACAUUGAACAGACAUUUGAAUUAAAUGAGACUCUCACAUCAGUGUCUUCGGAAAAUCGUUACACAGUACGAUCACCUUUUGGUGAAGCCAUAUUUGCUGCUUCAGAAAGUUCAACAUCAAAUCAUCGUUUGUGUUGGGGUUCAAAUCGACCAUUUCAAAUGCAUAUCCUCGACAAGACACAUCAGGAGGCACUUUCUCUGCGACGAGAUUUGGCAUUGGGAUUUCUUUGCUGUCAGCCAAAGAAUUUAGAAGUAUGGGCUCCACCUGGAGAUCUAUUGGGUAGAAUAGUUCAAAUACCAUCGGUUUUGGCUCCAGAAUUUGUGAUUGAAAAUGAAUUCCAUGAUCAUUUGUUUCGAAUUGAAGGUCAGAGUAAUGCUGGAUUUUGUUGUUUUUGCCCACCAAAGGAGACGUAUUUUAAGAUUUACACUGGCAAUGAUAUGAGAGCAUCAAUUCACAGAAAAUGGUCACAAAGAAGCUCACAAUAUACAACAAAUAUUUAUUACAGUGAUCCCAGUAUGGAUAUUAAAUCAAAAGCAUUGUGUCUUGGAGCUGCAUUUCUAAUGGAAUAUCUUUACUUUCAAUCUUGAUUUAAAGAUAACACUUGCAGUAUUCAUAUACUUCUUUUAUACACUUGUAUUUCU